CCCAUCCCAUCCCACCACAUUCAAAUCUCAAUAGUUGUACUUAGCGAAACAGAGAAGAAAAAAAAGUGACGGUUUUCUAUUGAAUUCUCAUUCAUUUUCUCGGGAAAAUUAAUUGCAGAUGUCGAUGAGUAUAACGCAUCAAAUCGGAGCACUCGCCGGAACUCCAAUUCAGUCGGAGAGCGUUGCGACAUCUGGAGAUUCGACGGCGACAGUCAGCGCAGCUGCGGUGUGGAAAUCGCCGGUGGCAAAUAUACGUUGUCGAGUUCAGAAUCAGGAUCACGGAGAGGCACUAUCGCCACCUUUGAGUCCCUGCCGGUCGCCAGUAAUGGGCGGAAUGCGGGCUGAUCUGUCCGUUGCUUGCCAAGCGUUUGCUACGGAAGCUCCGGCUGUGGAUAUAAAGAGAGCGGCGGCGGCGGAGAGAUUUUACAAAGAAGUAGGUAGUGACCAUGGAAAGGGGAAGGGAGUGCCGGUUUAUGUGAUGAUGCCGCUAGACAGCGUGACGAUGGGGAACACCGUGAAUCGGAGGAAAGCGAUGAAUGCGAGUUUGCAGGCGUUGAAGAGUGCGGGCGUGGAGGGGAUAAUGAUGGACGUGUGGUGGGGACUGGUGGAGAGGGACGGCCCCGGUGUGUACAAUUGGGGAGGCUACACAGAGCUAAUCGAGAUGGCGAAACGCCAUGGCCUCAAGGUGCAGGCUGUCAUGUCCUUCCACCAGUGUGGCGGAAACGUCGGUGACUCUGUCACUAUUCCUUUACCCAAGUGGGUUGUUGAGGAGAUUGACAAAGAUCAAGAUCUUGCGUACACUGAUCAGUGGGGGAGAAGAAAUUAUGAAUAUGUGUCUCUUGGCUGUGAUACCCUCCCCGUCCUCAAGGGCCGAACCCCCGUCCAGUGUUAUGCUGACUUCAUGCGUGCUUUCAGAGACAAUUUCAAACAACAUCUUGGUGACACCAUUGUGGAAAUCCAAGUGGGAAUGGGUCCAGCAGGUGAGCUCCGUUACCCUUCAUACCCAGAGCAGAAUGGGACUUGGAAAUUUCCAGGAAUUGGAGCAUUCCAGUGCUUUGACAAGUAUAUGAUCAGUAGCUUAAAAGCUGCUGCUGAAGCUGCUGGGAAGCCAGAAUGGGGUAGCACAGGCCCUACAGAUGCUGGUUCUUACAAUAAUUGGCCGGAAGAUACCCAGUUUUUCCGAAAGGAGGGUGGUGGUUGGGCUACUUCUUAUGGUGAAUUCUUUCUCAGCUGGUACUCUCAGAUGCUGUUAGAUCAUGGUGAGAGAAUACUGACCUCGGCCUCAUCUAUCUUUGAGAAUACUGGGGUAAAGAUCUCAGUAAAGGUUGCAGGCAUUCACUGGCAUUAUGGUACUCGGUCCCAUCCUCCUGAACUUACUGCUGGGUAUUAUAACACACGAUUCCAUGAUGGUUACCUUCCAAUUUCCCAAAUGUUGGCACGCCAUGGUGCAAUAUUCAACUUCACCUGCAUCGAGAUGCGCGAUCAUGAGCAGCCCCAAGAUGCACUCUGUGCUCCAGAGAAGCUUGUCAAGCAAGUGGCUUUGGCAACUCGUAAAGCUGGGGUUCCACUUGCUGGGGAAAAUGCUUUGCCACGCUAUGAUGAGUACGCACACGAGCAGAUAUUACAAGCAUCGUCUUUAAAUAUUGACGGAAAUUCAGAAGACAUGUGUGCAUUCACAUACUUGAGGAUGAACCCCAACUUGUUCCAAGCAGAUAACUGGAGAAGGUUUGUGUCAUUUGUGAAGAAGAUGAAGGAAGGGAAGGAAGAUAACAGAUGUUGGGAACAGGUGGAGCGAGACACUGAGCAUUUUGUGCACGUUACCCAGCCCUUGGUGCAGGAAGCUGCUGUUGCUCUCAUGCAAUAAGAAUCUAGAUUAUGCUUUGCUUGCUUUUAGUGCAGGAUCAUACUAGGGGGAUGAUGGCCUUGGACUAGCAUUGCCUAAGUCCCUGCUUUGCUAUAGCUCCUUUUAAUUUUAGUUAUGUGGCUAUAGUAGUGUAGAAUAUUGUUAUCACAGUAUGAGAAUCCUCAGAAUCAGAUCCUUGUAUCAGUUCCAUAAUCUUAAUGUUUUUCAACUUAGAUUUGGCAAA